CCUUUCUGUACUCUCCAGCACAGGCGCUCAAGGUGCUGGCGUCACUCCAGCUACGCCGGAAGCGGCCGACCGGAGCUGACUGGGGUCAAUUCAAAUCAUGCAGGUUGUGAGAAACGCGGGGUCGAGGAUCUUGCGGUCAUGGGCGCUGACCCCGACGACCGGGAUUGUAGUCCGAGACCCAUCCCGGACUGUCCACACCGGAGCCCAGGUACUGCAAGAUGCGGCGGCCGAGCCGGAAGUUGAGGAGGUGGCUCCGAGCCACAAGAGCUUCAGCAUUUACCCUCCAGUUCCCGGCCAGGAGAGUUCUCUGAGAUGGGCAGGAAAGAAAUUUGAGGAGAUCCCAAUCGCACAUAUUAAAGCAUCCUACAACAACACACAGAUUCAGGUGGUAUCUGCCAUUCACCAGCCCCUGGCCUUUGCUUCCUGUGGCACUGAGGGGUUUCGGAAUGCCAAGAAGGGCACAGGCAUCGCAGCACAGACAGCGGGCAUAGCUGCAGCAGCAAAAGCUACAGGAAAGGGUGUGACCCAUAUCCGAGUGGUGGUGAAAGGCCUCGGGCCAGGGCGCUGGCACCCCAUCCCUCUCAACCCAAGCCUGAGGUCCUGGGUCAUCACUUCUGCGACCACACCAAUCUCCUGUUUUCUGCUUCCAGUCUGCCAUCAAAGGACUGACUAUGGGGGGCCUGGAAGUGAUCUCAAUCACGGACAACACCCCCGUCCCACACAACGGUUGCCGCCCUAGGAAGGCUCGGAGGCUGUAAUGGGAAGAAAGCCUGCUUGGAGCCUGACCUCAAGUCUUGCCUUCAGCUGGACCUUGUAGGAAGCUCCUGUCCAAGCUGCCUCCAGAAGAAGGCCUGCUGGAGACCCGUCUGGCUCUCACACAGCGAGCUCUGCCUCCGCAUACCAUGGCCUUUGCCGGCUCCUCCGACAGAGGGGAAUGUGCCCCACAAGCAAGUUCAGACCUCUCCUGCAUUGUCAGGGCUAACUUUAGCAUGCCCACUAACUGUGAAGUCUUCUAUCAGUAUCCAGAGGUGGACAGCAAAAAGCUCUCCAUCAGGAGCCAAAUUACAAGUCACAUGCUUCUCUCGUACACAGGAGAGCUGAAGGGGCAGCUGAGGCCCAGGCUUCAGUCUCUGCUUUGUGAAAAUAAAAGACCAUCUGUACCAUCUGUA